AUGUGGAGUGUCGUAAAAAUUAUACUAGGAAGUGUUUUAUUGCAGCUAUUAAAGACAACAUGUGCACAUGAAUUGAAUGAAGAGCAAGAAAAUCCUUGGAUUCUCGCUUUAAAAGUAAGUACACUUACAUUUAAAGAUUCGAUUCUGGAAACAGCUCGGACUCGUUCUGAUGCUAUGGCAAAAGCUGUUCUUGCUCGAUUCGAAAACGAUUUAGUUGCUGCUGAGGCUAAGUAUCAUCAUGAUUGCUUUAAUUCCUUUUUGAAACCGGCCACUGGGGUUAAAGUCGGUCGUCCUCAAGAUGAAACUACGAAUCUGGCAAUGGAGGAAUUAUUCACUUACAUCGAAAAUAGCGAUGAACGAAUUAAUAAAUGUUUGCAAAACUACAACUAUAUUUAA